GGCUGUGUGGACAGGAUUUAGGUCAGCGUUUCCAAUCCGCAUUUCUUCUCCACGGUGUUAUCCCUUUAUUUUCUAUAUAAUAGUGCUUGCCAGCACAACAACCAUAAAUGAUAUAUUUCAAGCGCUGUACUCUUAGUUUGGGAGCUCCAAUACGCUCAUUUUGUAGAUGGAGAAACUACUCUGACUCCUAGCUCUGGGUCCAGCCACCGCUCCGGGCUAGAGACGGCCAUCCGCCGAAGGGGCGGGCCCGGGGCGCAGGGCCCAGCGCCUGCUCCAUCUCCUCCUCAUUACUGGUCCCGGCCGCGACAGUGCCAGGAAUCUCUCGCGCCUCCUCCCUGCAGCACCGGGUCUGGGGCUUAGUGGUCCGGGUCCGGCCUGUGGCUGCGAGGGCCUGGAGGCAUCGUCCAGCCCAACUCCGCUGUACACCUGGGUGCGUCCGACCCAGCAGUAGCAGUGCGGCCCGCGGUGACCCAGCCCGAGGCAGGGCCAGGGCUAGACGCAGGUCUCCUGACUCCCAGCUUGGGGUUUUGGUCGCUGUCUCCUGGUUGGCGUCCCGCGUCUUCGUGAUAAGUUGAGAUGGUCGAGCAUCUGGCCCUACCGUUCCCAGGCCCUAUCCCUGUAUCUCCAGCGCAGGGGGUGGGUACGGAAGAACUCGCGCCUGCGCAGAGCCUUCCGGCGACGGGGCUUCACCACGGAACACGCCCCCUUUGCUGCGGUGACGCGUCACGGGUUGCCAUGGAGACUGCGCUGUUUAUCUCUCCGUUCUGCAGGAGCCCCGAGCUCCAGUUGGAAGGAGACUCCCAUCCUGGGCUUGUGUAGAUGUUCUUUGUGGCGCUGAGGACUUUGGAAGCCUCAAAUGGCCAAACUACUGCAACCUCCACCCAAGUUCCUGCCCUCGGAGUGGCACAUCGCUAACAAGAGCCAGUACCACAGAGCAGAGGCCCAAAGGUCUCGGUCUGAGCGCCUGGUGGCAGAAAGCCAGAGGCUUGUGGAUGAAAUUGAAAAGACCACAAGAAAAUCUCAAAGUGAUGUGAACAAGAAACUAGAACAGAGACUUGAGGAAGUCAGGUUCUGGAAGAAGGAGUUAGAUGACAAACUUGAGCAGCUUGUGUAUGCAACCGAAGAUCUGCUCAUAUAUCAGACCAGACUGGAGAAAGACCUGGAGAGCCUGAAAGAGCCCUUGCACAUCACUCAGACGUGCCUGGAAUACAGGGAGAAGCGAGUUGGCAUUGACUUGGUGCAUGAUGAAGUGGAGCAGGAGCUGAUAAAGGAGGCUGAGAUCAUCCGGGGGGUGAUGGCCCUGCUGACCCGCACCUUGGAGGAGACGUCCGAGCAGAUCAGGGUCUCCCGAGAACUCGUAGGUGCCGCCUGGGCAUUCCAGAGGGAGAAACCUGUGCCUUCUCCCUUCAGGCUGAACCGCUCUGCCAAGUACAAUCUUGAAAAGGAUUUGAGGGACAAGUUUGCGGCUCUGACCAUCGAUGAUAUCUGCUUCUCACUCAACAACAACUCGCCGAACAUCAGAUAUGCUGAGAACGUCGUGAGGAUUGAACCAAACUCUGUGAGUCUGGAAGACUGGCUGGACUUCUCCAACACCAAUGUGGAGAAGGCUGACAAGCAGAGGAACAACUCCCUGAUGCUGAAGGCCCUGGUGGACCGAGUCCUGUCCCAGACGGCCAGUGACCUGCGCAAGCAAUGUGAUGUGGUGGACACUGCGUUCAGGAAUGGGCUGAAGGAGACCAAGGAUGCCAGGGACAAGCUGGCUGAUCAUCUGGCCAAGGUCAUGGAAGAAAUUGCUUCCCAGGAGAAAAAUGUUACAGUUCUUGAGAAAGCCAUCCUUGACCAAGAAGGGCCUGCCAAGGUGGCUCAUACACGCCUGGAGACCAGGACACGUCGGCCUAACGUGGAGCUGUGUCGCGAUGUUGCGCAGUAUCGGCUGAUGAAGGAGGUUCAGGAGAUCACCCACAACGUGGCAAGAUUAAAGGAAACAUUAGCCCAAGCUCAGGUCGAGCUGAAAGGGCUGAAUCGCAGACAACUCGCCCUGCAGGAGGAGAUCCAGGUCAAAGAGAACACCAUCUACAUCGACGAAGUGCUGUGUAUGCACCUGCGGAGGUCCAUCCCACCGCGGGACGGGGAUGACCACGGGGAGUGGGCUGGGGGCCUCCGUCCGGAUGCUGUCUGCUAAAUGUAUGGAGAGCUCAGAUUCUCAUUAAAUCGCGUCGUGA